GUUUGUAUCUGUCUGAACGACCCGACUGAAAAAGAUAUCUCAAACGUGAAUACCACCUGAAAAAUGCUAAAAGAAUUGCUAGAAAAUUUGACGAAUUGAAUCUGAGGCUGGACCUUGUCAAAUGUAUACCUAUCUAGACUUGUUAAAUGAACUGGUAUUCUCGCCUAUGUUGUGACAGUCGUCUCUCGUUAGUAUUUGAUCAUUCGAUGCACCGUCGCGGGGAUAGAGCACUGCCUCAAUCAGUCAUAUCAUUGUCAUUCCUAUCACAACAGGGGCGUAUUUAUCAAACAAGACCUCAAAUGAGCAUAUUUUUAUCUAUUGUUGCUAAUUGUAUAGUGAUUAUUUCCCCGCCAGCGUCGGAUGUGAUCUUAGUUCAUUUGAGUUGUACGCCGCUUCGAGGAGUUAGGAUAUAUUUUCACCUGUCGUUGGAAACAAAGACCUCAUAACCAAAUGCUUUCCCUGCGUUCAAGAUAAAGAUUUCAGAGAAACUGUGGAUCGACACGCGUAUACAUAUUGCUCAUUCUUGAGUCGUUGAUCCAUCCAAGAUAACUUUUAUUGGUGGUUCAAUUCACUGCAUUUUAUCGUUCCUACAUUGGAGGAAAAAACACAACGCUUGCAUUCAGCGUUAGUUCUUUUGUGAGGGAAUGGCGGAAAUUUCAACACUCUGAGUCAAUCAGUCGUUGAAAAAGUUCGAAAUGGCGUCUGUUCUAGUCUCUUUCUUUGUGAUUUAUUUGGUCUGCCAUAUCAAUAUUGUGUCAUCUGGUACGUUAGCUGUGAACAUUGAACUUGCAAAUCGAGAACCUCAAUAUUUUGGUCAAUUUUCAAGAGCAGCGAUUAACGUGACUCUGAAUAUUUCAUCUUUCACUAACGUCGCCUCAUCUCUUGAACAAUGUGCUGACGCUGGUCAUCCUUAUUUGUUCGUUCAAAAUACCACCAUAUUGGGGUGUGGUACAUUACUCCGGAUGGAAAACGAUAAUAUACCAUCAAAUUGUACCCUCAACGUAACGUCAGCGUUUCGUAUCAGCGCGAGUGGUACCAUGAUUCCUUUUACAGAUCAUAGGGUACCAGCAAGCGUACAGACAACAGACGUAUUGGUAUUGACCACCAGUUAUAUACCAUCGAAUGAUAGUCAAGCUGAUGGCUUCUCUAACGUCACCCUGACACCAUCACCAAAUGAUACCUUGUUAUCCACCCUCCAAAGAAAUGUUGUGGUGACAGAAACAAUUUCACCAUCAAAUACCACGGCGCUUAUGUCAUACAACGUUUUACGAUUAAAUAGUACCCAUUCUGUUGGUACAUCUGAUAGUACUCAAAUAUUGUCUAUAAUUAACAGUUCAUCCGCAUCGCUACUAAACGCAACUUUACCUACCAAUGCCACAAUCCAACCAUCUGGUGUUAUGGUUAACGAUGGCAGUAGCUUGCUGGUUGCAAAUGUAGUUUCAUCCAUUGGUAACUAUUCUGUCAGUCCAACGCCGCUGUUAUCAACCAGCAUGGUUGAUGUAGCCACCACCAUCUUCCCCAGAAUAAACACAACCUACACCCAAGAUAUUGAACCAUCAAACACCAGUUCUGCUGGUCCAAGCGUGAAUGCCCUGUUUACAACAAGAAAGUGCCGAAACGCUUCAAUGCAAAAUGUCACAGAACUUGUGAAAGCGUACAAAACCGAAUACUUCCGCAAGAUCUCGAUCGCCGCGUUCACAAAUGUGAACUACACGCUUCGGCUACCAAACUACGAACCUGCCAACUGUAGCUUCAUCUCAGGGGACAAAGCGCCGGUGGUCUUGGUGAAGACCAACACUUCAUUGGCGAGCUUUUCCCACCGGUAUUUCAGGCCAGGAAGGUACAAUGCUCGUGUAAGUUGUAUAAGAAACGAAACGGUGGUAGUUGAUGCCUACAAACGAGUUGUGGUGGAUUUACCGGUGGUGUUAAACGGAUUAAGCUGUCCUAAUCUGGUUCAAACGGAUGAAAUGUAUCAUUGUGUGUUUAACGUUAAGCAGGCCUUGGCUUUGAAUAUGACGGUUGCAAUUGGGGACAAAAAAGGAAGGCAAACUUUGGCAGAAACCGUGAUGGAAAUCAUAUCUGUCGACGAAGCUCUGGAUUUAAGGAACAUCACACUAGGAAUCCACUCUCCAUUGCUGACUUUCAAAAAAGCGAUGUUCGUUCGAUGUAUUGAAUUGGAAUCCACAAUAUCUGCAACGAUUAACUUAAAGGUGUUUAGACCAGUCGGUGAUUCUUACAACACGUCCAGGGUGAGCAUUGGUAGCCUCUGCUGUUUUGGAUUGCAAAACCCCAGCAUCUGCUUCCAAAGUUCCACCAAUAUCUUAUCUAAUUCGUCAUAUCACCUGCCAAACACGAGGUUCUCCGUGAUACACAAUAUUUCAUUAACCAUCGACAUGGGAGACAAUUUCCUUACACUCACUGAUGAUGACGUGUUCGAAGCUCAACCUGGUGAUGUCAUAGGCUACACCGUUGUCCAAUCACGCCACUCCGAUCCUUCGCCAGUAUAUACCAGUGCUUUACCACGAAACACGACCUCGGUCCCAGUACAUCAAUCAAACUCAAGUUCAAGUUUAAAUAUAUUCCAAAACUUCUCUUUAUACGGUUUUGUACCCUACGAGACACAAAUUCUUAUACAUCAUACGAGCCCCGGCGUUUUGUCUCUCGGAAUUACUAUUGAUGACUUCGAAAGUGUUGUAAGCACAUAUCGAAAUCUCAUCACCAUCCAGACACCAAUAUCAGGACUAGAGCUCAGUUAUAAAGACAUUAUAAUGGUAAACACUUCGCGGUCUCUUGGAUUUAAACUGUCACGUGGAACAAACGCGACCUGUGAUUGGCUGCUCACGGGACAUAUGGUCAGCAUCAACGGCUCCGUAAAUUCUUCAUCGUGGAUCGUUAAUAAGACACUUCAAAAUAACGAAACCAAUGCAGAUGAAUUUGAAGGACUGGUGACAAGUUUCCAGUACCCGCACAAUAUUCCAGCCGAUCUAAUCUUUCUGGUGAAUUGCUCCAACGAGGUAUCGACGAUUACCGAGAACGUCACGAUCAGCGUCCGACGAAACAUAUCGCAUUUCAAAGCUUCGCUGAAAUUUGCAUCGUUCGCUUACGCGCAUGCUCAGACGAGCUGGACAUGCAGGGCACAAGGGGAACAUGUGGGUUAUACAUGGACAUUUGACCACUAUGUCUAUUACACGGCUGAAAUGAAGAUGGAAUUUCAAAGCAGAAAUCUACCGGGGAACAAAACGAAAGUCUCUGUGAAAGCCUGGAAUGUCGUAUCUGAGAGGAAUUUGCUUUUGUCUUUAGAUGUUUUGCAUAAUCCGCUGAGAAUUCAAGUUUUACCUGCCUUGACUGUUGCUAGUAGGGAAUACGUCAACAUCACCCCAGUUCUAAGCUGGUCACCUCGUUCAAAUGGUAUCGCAUUUUAUGCAGAUUAUGGGAUAAACAUCUCAAGUACCCUGAGGAAAUUUAUCGAAUUUCCAACAUUUACAAUCAACGUGGGCGAUUUCUACACCGCACAGAACAUUUCAAACGGGACUUCGUUGAACUAUAAAUUUUCGAAGGUGGGCUCAGAGACUCGUUCCUAUACUGUAUACAUUGAGGCUAAAGAUCACCAGGAGAUGAAUCGCAAGGUUGAAAUUCGUGUUUUGGAUAAAAUUAAGAAUCUGAGGAUAAUUGCAUCUGAUGAUUGUUCGAACGAUGUCGUUAUUAAUACAGCGUGCACAUUUACUGCGAAAUUUUCCUUAGGCAGCGAUGUGAGGUGCAACUGGAUCGUUGGGACGAAGAAAUCAGGUGCAAAUAAAUGCAAAAUCGACGCCCUUUUGAACAAGUUAGGUAACCUUACAAUAUCCGUGGAAGCUAGGAAUGAAAUCUCUUCAGAAACAGCGGUUAUUAACAUCAGUGUUGUUCCCGAACCAAAGUCACUAAGUGUCGUGCUCGCGUCUACGAUCACGAUGGCACGGUUAAAACCUUCACAUGGAUCCAUUACAACACCGUUAGGAAACAUGACUUCAUUUACAAAAAUUGUCCUGCCUCAGAGCAACAGUGUGUCCAACCAGAUAAACCCUUCUUCUUCUUCAAGAAGUGAUCUUUCGAGUCGAACUACGGACCACCACGUCCUACAAAUCACAGGCCCUAAAUACGCUGCCGUUGACGAAGAAGUAAUGUUUCACGUUUUAAACAUUUCCUCAGCGAGACGGAGAAUCUUCUCAUGGAUUGUAAAUAACACUAAGAUAGAGACAACGAACAACAGUAUUUCCUACACAUUCAGAAAAUCAGGCGAGUUUGAAGUGGCAGUUUCAACAUUUUUCCCCAACCAAACUGCGCGAACAGCAAUCAUCGUUCAGUAUCGAAUUUUCGGGUUCAAAGCUUUCGUUUAUCAAAAACCUCAUCAUAAGCGCGUGGAUGUAUUAUUCGCUAUAGUCUCCGGAACCGACGUCAACUACUCGGUCGAUUUCGGUGAUAGUUCGGCACCGAACGUAGGCAAAGUUCGUAAAUUGGAGAGAAAUAUUUCAGUGUAUUAUGUCUAUACGAGAUCAGGGCUUUAUAAUCUUACAGUUUCAGUGUUUAGUAUCAUCGGUCCAAAUGACACCGAAAAUUUCUUGGUCUACGUGAACGAUACGUGCAAAUUCGAAUCGGUGACACUGUACGGUGCUUCUGAGAAUGUUGAGAAUUCCAGGAAAUUUUCAGAGAAAGAGGAAAUCGUGAUGACGCUGAAAACUACACUGAACUGCACCAAAGAUCCUCAGCUUAAAUACAGCUGGAAAGUGGAAAGAUUGGAUAACAGCACUCCGGACGGAUUGACCAUACGUUUACCUCCCUUUGAUGGAUCCACUUUACGGCUGCUCGCCAGUCAACUCAAUAUCGGAGACUACAAAGUUCAGGCGAUCGUGGAAAAUCCCAUGGACGGGGGGUCAUGUGAGACACGUAUUGGCUACUUCAGCAAAGUUUUGGAAACCCUUGCUGUGCACAUCACUUGUGGAAAGACGCGCAUGAUUCCUGUUGGCAAACCGCUUAUAAUGAAUGCUACUGUGAUCGCAGGUUCGGCUGGGAUCAAGUUCGAGUGGUUUUGCGAUCGCGCGUUCAAUGUCACGUGUUUUGGAAACCGAGUUCAGAGAAACACCUCGCUGGUACGGUUUCCCGGAAACUUUUUCCGCGUAGGGGAAAUCUACGAAUUCGUUGUGCAAGUCAAUGAUAAAGAAAGACACGGGCGGGAUUCACAAAAGGUCGAGUUUGGUUUUGAGAACUCAACACUUGAUCUGUGCAUAAUCUCGUCUCAAGCCAACAAGCACUUCGUCUUAAGCACAAAGGAAGUGAAAAUAAUCUCUUUGUGCUCUCGAUGUCCAGCGAUACCAGACCUGACAUGGACUUGGCGUGUUUUAAAAAUAUCUUCUAAACCAAACUCUACAAAGGAAGAUGAAGUCAAUGGCCUCAACGUGAAGUCAAGAAAUCUAUACAUUCCUCCCAAUGCUUUGCAACCCGACUCACUCUACAAAAUACAAGUCAAUACCACAAGCUUGGCUCUAAAUAUUAGCGGCUAUGUCGUUUACGAUUUGAGAACAAACGAUGUACCGAAGUAUGGCUUCUGUAACAUCGAAACUCACGAAAGUUUUACUCCACUAAAAGCGUUCCAAACAGUCUGUCGUUCUUGGUACGAUAAAGAUCAACCGUUGAGUUAUGAGUUCUGGUAUUCAAAUGAUGGAGUCAACUAUAGUUUGUUUUACAACGGGCUUACGCCGGACUCAGGAAAGACGUUUUUGAAACCAGGAAAGGCGGAGAGAGGUUAUGUCGUCAGCGUUAAGGUUGUCAUUAAAGAUUAUUUGGGCGAAUCUACCGUCCAGAUUUUGCCUGUGGAGAAUCUUCCGCCUUCUGAUAACGAAACUAAACAGUUCUUCGCCUCACCUCAACAAAUGAACAACCAAGUUGAAAAGAUGGUAAAUGAAAGCAAUAUUCAAGGAGCAGUACAGUUCUUGAAAACUGUGACCGGCUUGUUGAAUGAAAAUUCAAAUGAGAAUGAAGAAGAUGUAAGCAAAGGAACUAAGGUUCGUGAAAGCAUCUUGGAUAAUCUCAAGAAACUCUGCUGCAGAGAUGGCGUUGUAAUAGAGCAGACAGCGGACACAAUAUCGUCUGUAGCGAGCGUUCCUUCUCAGUUAAGCCUUGAUGCUCAGUUGCAAGCUUCAACCAUCUACAUCAACAUGACGCAAAAUCUUCAUUUGAUAUCAAAGAGGAAAGUCAAGAAGGUUGUCGAGAAAUUAGCGAAUGCUCUCUCCUUGUUAAUGUCAGCUGUUGCAAUGCUUGGUGAUUCAACAUCACAGAACUCGAAGGUCGAGUCUAUCAACAAAGCCUCGUUGCUUGCGAUCGACAGAAUGGGAGACGCUCUACUUCACCAAACAAAGCCUGGUGAGCCCGCUCUGGUUCUGUCAUUGCCUUCCUUCAUCGUCGUCGUUCAGAAACAUUUCGUCUUUGAGUUUCCUGGAAAACAGCUUGCCGUUCCCAAUCACAUCACAGAAUUCAUAGUUCCGAGGAAAUUGAGAGCCAUUCAAGGUCCGUUUGUUAGUAGUAAGAUGACAUUGACGUCAGAUAAUCCUUUCUCAUGGCAAAACUCGUCGCAUGGCAACGAACCAACGACUGGCGUGGCCUCUCUGGUACUGACUGACAGUCAACAGAAUGAGAUAAAAAUGAACAGUCUUGCGGAGAGUUUCCACAUUUUCCUGGACAAUCAAGACUCCUCUCCAAAGCAGCACCCACUCCAUCAUUCGCCUCAAAGCUCGGCCCAGUCUACCUUACCCCCCGCACGUUUAACCCAGAACUCUUCCCAGUCCAUCACUCGACACAAUUCAACGCUCACAGAAGAGUCCGCGCCAGACCUCUAUCAGAUCAACACGACCAGAGGAGAUUCGGCUAUCAUGAUUACCAUCACUCAGAUCUCGGCGGACUACAAAGGCCAAUUACGCAUGCGCGUACUUAAAGCUGACCAAUCGAUGAUUAGCGGAAGUGAACGGAUCCUCUCGACAACUUCUGCAAUACCAGUUUCCCUGACAUGGCGCAGCCUUUUAGGCCGUGGCACAUAUUACGUCAGCGUUAGAUUUGAAAGUCUCUCCUUCCGAAGGGCAGGAGUGCCGAACAGCAUAAAGUACUCGCUAUCUUUUGGAGAAAUCAGUUGUCAUUAUUGGAACGUCACUAGAGAGGAGUGGAUGGCCAACGGAUGCAAGGUUGGGCUACGAAGUACCACGACAGCAACCCACUGCGAAUGCAAUCAUCUGACAUGGUUCGCUGGUCGUGUGGUCGUUCCUCCCAAUUCCCUGAGUUUGGUUAAUAUCGCAGAACGGAUAGAAGACCCCAGUAAUUAUAUCACUAUCCUGUGCGUGUUCGCCUGCGUGUUUAUUAUUUACCUUCUGGUCCUCGUCUGGGCAAGACGACGGGAUGAGAAAGACGAAGUCAGGCGAGGUAUCACGUGGUGUCCUAGCAAUCGCGCGGGAGAUUCUAACCAGUACCAAGUCAUUAUUCACACAGGAAUCAGACGAAGCGCUGGUACGUCGGCAAAUGUCGGGCUAAUGCUCUCGGGCGAGCACGGAAAGAGUCGGAAAUGCUUGCUGAAAAGUUCAAAACGCGAAGUCCUCCAACGAGGCGACGUUGAUUCGUUCCUCAUCACGACAACCGGAAGUCUCGGCGCCCUAAAGCACCUCUAUAUAUGGCAUGACAAUACCGGAAGUGACCCUGCAUGGUUCUUGAACCACGUGGUCGUGCUCGACUCGGAGACUGGGCAAGUUUACAAUUUCCUAUGCUACCGCUGGCUUGCAGUGGACGAGGGCGAUGGUCAGAUAAUGCGGUUGCUGCCUUUGGCAAAGACAAAAGAUCUCAAACGGUUUCGUCAUCUGUUUGUUUCCAGGGCAACAAACGAGCUCACAGACGCACAUCUUUGGUUCUCAGUCGUGUUUUGUUCCCCCACAAGCCCGUUCACACGUGCACAACGCGUGUCAUGCUGUCUCACUCUGCUUCUGUCCUCCAUGAUGGCGAAUGCAAUGUGGUAUGAAACAGGGGGAGGUGAAAACGCAGCGCACAUCAACCUUGGAUUGUUCAUGUUCUCCUGGGACGAAGUCGCCAUUGGCAUCUGCAGUAGUCUCGUCGUGUUUCCAAUUAAUCUCAUUCUCGUUCAAGUUUUUCGCCACUGUCGGUCAAAAACCAAAAAGCCUUUGAAUCGGCCCUCAAAAAAUACCGCAAUUAAACAGGAAUUUCUCAACCUGCACACGAUGACGCACGGUUCACGUGCCAAAUCAGCCGAAUCACGUGCUCUUCCAGCGCUGAUGUCGUCACACCUGCACACGUCAGCACAGAAGCGGGAGGUCAGCCAGUUAUCGUAUACCGUGACCUCGUCCCAGGAAUCUCUGCUGCCCGCGCGAAUUCUGACCCCGUCUCUUCCCAGCCUCCCGAAUUCCUCGACUCCGGAGCGUAAUCGCGCAAAGCAUAAACAUUUAUUACCGCAUUGGUUUCAAUAUCUGGGCUGGAUUGGAGUGAUCAUUACCUGUGUAACAUCAGCAGCCAUUACUUUCAAAUAUGCAAUCAAAUUUGGUGAAGUUAAAACAAGAAAGUGGUUGUUAUCCUUGACAAUUUCCGUUAUCACCGAUGUUUUUAUAGCGCAACCGUCAAAAGUUCUUUUUGUCACCGUCAUUUUAGCGUACAUUUUAAAACGCCCGCCGAAAGAGCGAUACGCAAGCUAUGACGUCAUACAGCAGGAGGUCGCCCAGGCCGAGUCCACACAAGAGACUGAGCUCGAGGCCCCGGAUUUCAAUCUGAGCGCGGCGGAUGAAUUUUUGCGCGCGGCCAGAAAGAAACGAGAGAAGGAAAGGUUUAUGUAUGGCAUUAUGAAGGAUGUGUUUUAUCAUAUGUGUUUUACGCUGUUGGUUUUGAUCAUUGCUUACGGUCAGAGAGAUUUAAACGGGUAUCAUCUUACUGCCACGCAAAGAAAUACUUUUGUUCUUCGAAACUUCAAAGAGAGGUCUUUAAAGAAACAAAGUUAUAAAUUUUCCCAGGUCGCGAAUGUUAAUGAUUUCUGGCUUUGGAACAGGAAGAUUCUUCUGCCGGGUCUUUCAAACAAUGAAUGGCACAACUAUAGCAAUGUUUGGUCAACAUUUACUGCCAAUUUUGGUGGUUUUCUCUUUGGCGCCGCUAGAAUGAGACAGAAAAGACUUAAGAAAGGUGUCUGCAAAGUAUUGCCGAAGUUUAAAGAUAUCAUUGAAGGAUGUUCAGGAACUUACGAGUGGAAACAUGAGGACGAAGCUAGCUACGAGAGGUCUUGGAGUAAACCAUCCGGUAACAACUUAUGCAAUGUUAAAAACGAUAGCGCUGAUACCCUCCCUCGGGAUCUUUGGUGCUACACGCGCUUAAGUAAGGUAAUAACUGCUUCGUAUGUUGGUCGCCUUGACACAUACUCCCCAGGGGGGUAUAGUGAGGAAAUGCGGCAGAAUUAUCAAGCUUCGUUAAACCUCACCCAGGAACUAAUGGAGCACAAUUGGAUAGACAAGUACACUCGGGCUGUUUUUAUUGAAUUUACCCUAUAUAACCCAAAUGUGAACCUGUUUUCGAUCGUCACCUUGCUAUUCGAAGUAUCUGCUAGCGGGGAUUUUAACCCCCUGUCAAAACUCCUAUCAAUACGGCUUUACAACUAUGUGGGAAAUUUUCAAAUAGUGGUUCUCAUUUGUCAGUUGUUGUUCUUGCUCUCGAUCUGUGUGUACACGUACAAUUCCAUGAAAGGUAUUUUCGGAGAAAAAUGGGGGUAUAUUUCGAAACCUUGGAACUUCUACGAACUUGUGAUCGUGAUAGUUUCGUGGGUCGGGAUUGCGAUAUAUUUAUUUGCGAUGGUUUUCCGAAAACGAAUCCUUCAGGAGUUCCGUAAGGAUCCGACGAAGUUCACGAGCUUCGUGUUCAGCGCCUCCUGGCAGAUGACGCUAGAAUACGUUAUCGCUAGCAUCGUGUUUUUGGUUUCCUUGAAGUUUCUGCGCUUGUUCCAAUUCAAUCGUCGUAUGUUUCUUCUGCCUCUGACCUUAUCUAACACUGCUCGGGAUUUGAUAAGUUACACCGUGGUUUUCUCGGUAGUAUUAACAGCAUUCGCUCUCCUCUAUCAACUGAUUCUCCGAGCAUACAAUCCGGACUUUCUCAAUACGGUCAGUACCUUAGAGACGCUUCUGCGUGUCCUUCUGGGCAGAUCUGAUCUGUUUAUUGGACGAUACGAAUUUCCCGCCCUCGAACAAAUCAUCUUCUUCACUUACAUGUGUUUGAUGAAGUUCAUUCUGCUGAACAUUUUUGUCGCCAUUUUAAACGACGGUUUUUCGCGUGCCCGGGCAAAAAACGACAGACAGCGAAAUGCGUUCGACUUUUUUGACUUCAUUAGGAAUACCGUGAACGAAUUGUUGGGAAUACGGCGUCAGAGGAUCGCGAAUAAAGCGGUGAACAAGUCGUCGCCGAAAAGACGGCGCGUGCGGUUUGAAGACGAGGCUGCAAGGACGAAUGUGGAGAACAUGCUGGCGAAGAUGGAGACGAAAAUGGAAAAGUUGCUGAAUCUUGUGCAAUCCGACUUGCUCGAAGAUAGUUUUUAUGAUGAAAUGACUGAAGAAUUUAUAGACAUGGGAGUGAUUUAGGAUAGUCUAUGUCCAGAAUUAGUCUUUGAGAUGCAAUUUAGGGUUUUUAACUGACUUAACUGAUAAAAUGGCGCUAUUGGUAAUAGGCUGACAUACAAACCAGGUUUGUGUGUCCGAACAGUUGAACACUAUGAAAAUUUUCUCCUAUUCUCUGUGCCGGUAUGUUUUGAGAAGGCUGUAAUUCUAUCCUUAUUUACACAGUCACGGUCAUGCAUCGUUUAUAAUUGCGGCCUUUUUUUACGUCAUACUCAGAGGAUGAAGUCGAGCUUCUUCCCAGAAUUUUCGCUGAGGUUCUUCAACUUUUGCAUUGUUUUGUCUUGAACAGUGCAUUAUCGAAGAAUGAUCGUGUGAUACAUUGCAUUUUCAAAACAUCAGGAACAUUUUUAUUCUCUUUAUUGUCCGUUUUGCUAAGAUCCUUCACUGCGGGACGCGAAACAACCAGAAGAUUAAUAAAUAAAACCACAGACACGCAUAUUGCGUUUAACCGAAAGUUAUAGCCAUCAAAGUGGCUGUUGGACAAUCAUCAGCACUCUAGCUCGUAGAUAUAGAUCAAAGUGUAGUUUAUCUUUGCAAUUAAUUCAAGAAUAACUAGUGCUACAAUACCAGUCCCUAAAACUCCUGCUGAAAGCGAAAUAGUGAACUAAAAUGCUGGUCAUUUAUAUACUAAUUG